GAGGACGACGAUGAUGACGAUGAUGAUGAUGAUGAGGACGAUGAUGAUGCGCCAAGAGCAAGUGAAAAUGGGCUAUGCCUAUCUAGUGGAUCGACUUCUGCUGGAGCAUUUCAACUAGGCAUUGCGCCGAAUUUCCGGUGA